UCAGCGGUUGAACUUUUUAACGAUCUGUUUUCCCCCAUUUCAUCUCCAGUUAUGCCCGCCCUCUGAACGUGAGUUGCUCUUGCUUAAGUUUGCAGCAUUCUUAUUCAUAACAACGUUUCAAGAAGAAGACAGUCAGCCCGUCGAAACUGAUAAGAACUGUUGAAUUGUCAAUUUGAUGGAGUCGGAUGUUUCCCGCGAAGUGCAAUGAUUGUGAAGGUUUACUUGCCAAGGCGCCUUUAUAAUUCUAAGAAGAAAUGUGAAUUAUACGGUGAAGUCGUGAUUGAGGAAAAGUCAAUUUCCUAUUUCAUUGUCUCAGAGAAUGCACAAAUUCCUGAUUUACGGUUGCUGGGCCGUGUCUGUGCCAGCGAAAAUCAAGUGGAUCGGUUGGAUUAUUCCAUUGUAUUUUGCUUCGACGAUACCGCUCCGAAUAUUUAUCUGUCCAAGUUGAACGUGAAACUCUCGGAUGAUGUAAAUACCAAUCUGUUUUUGUACGAUGAACGGCAAUUCCGGUGUAUUGACAAUGAAACGCAUGCAUGCUCCGAGUUCAUUGAAAGUGGCGACGUUUACCUCCUACGGUCGUUGAUAAUGUCGCAGAUGAAACAGUCGCGAUUCGGUUUCGAGGUGCUGGCGGCAAUGUUUUUCAAGAUGCUAGCACGAUGCUUCCAAGCAUUUGAGAGCGUUCUCGCCAAAUCUGGGGCUGCAAGCAAAAUUAUUUCAUCAACGACACUUCACGAACACGCCACCAUUUGGAGGAAGUAUGUGAUGCACGAGAAGUUCCACAGCGGUCACGUAUGGACAGUUAUCCUGGAUAUUUUCGCUGGUAUUUUGAUAACAAUAUUGUUUUUACAUGUGGAUGACCCUAGUAAAUAUUUUAUCCAAUUUUCAAAUACAAUAAUCCUGCAACUGCGAUCACUACUUGAUUCCUUGAAAGGUAGUCCCGUCGGUUUGAAAUUGAAUGUGCAGCUCAAUAACUUCUUCCUGGACUGCUUCGUAUAUCACGUAGAUUUAUGGGCCACAUUUUUGGUUCUUGUAUCGCCUUUGAUCCAUUACUUGUCCGUGCCGGUAGUGGUGCUAGGAUUCUUCGGGCUGUCAUUCCAAUUAGCUUUGCUGACGGAUGUCAUCGUUUUCACUAGCUUGCAUGCACAAUGUUUCUACAUUUACACGGCAGUGUUAUAUCAUGUGGAAAUCGUUGGCUUCAGAACGCUGUGGAAAGUAGUGUUGGGCAAAAGGAAAAAUGUUUUGAAAGACCGAGUGGAGUCGCACGACUAUAUGAACCGCCAACUUUUCUUAGCCACAUUAUUUUUCGCGAUUUUACUCUUCCUAUUCCCAACUGUAAUUGUAUAUUAUGUAGUUUUUGCAUUUCUGAGAACAUGCAUUUAUUUUGUCACAUAUACACUUAUGGUCAUGAGGCGUUUCAUAUUAUCGUUUCCCAUCAGGUCCAUGGUUUUAUGGAUAUUCGGCCAUCAUAUGAAUAUCAGUAACAUUGAUGUUAAUCUAAUUGAAGUUGCUCAUUCUACAUUACAACCUGUUUAUGUAUUCGCUUUGGAAGUUAAAAAAUCAUCGCUUCUGGGAAGCGUUCAUUUCUGGAAAAUGGAUUAUUUCGAUAACUACCUCUCGGUUGAUCAAUACCUACUAGGGAUUUUUAAAGGACAAAUGAUGGGCUUCACAUUGCCCAAGACAGUAAAAUGAUUAUAUAAUAUGUAAGAAUGCAACCUGUAAUAAAUAAAUAAAAUUC